GCAAUGGAUCUGGAUAGCUGCGAAACACGCUAAAUAGUUGAGCGUCAGUUGAUCGUAUUUUGGCUCCCGAAUCACUAAUUUUUGCUUAUCUUCAUGAAAAAGUGAUGGAUCAGUCCCUAGAUGACAUCAUCCGGAAUAGGAAAACAUCAAAACCUUCCAAUUUUCAGAACCGUCUAGGGAGGGGGAGAGGUAGAGGAGGUCCAGGAGGCAACAGGGGUGGAAGAGCACCUCCAGGGAACCCCAGAGGCCAGAACAAAGGCAGAGGCAAGGGCAACUGGCAAAAGCAACAAUUCCCGCUGGAGAAGCCGGUCAUCGUCGAUGCAAGACAGAAGCUGAUCCAGAAGGCCCACCAAGGUGAUGCCCGGGACCGGCUGGCCAAGAAAGCAAGACAGACCGAUGCCAGGCUGAAGCUCACAUCGAAGAAGAGGAGCGCGGACGGACAGGUGGUGAGGCAACCAAGGAGUGGAGAGCAACUGGCUCCCCCUCCUCCCGAUGCUGCUCAGACCAGACCCCUUGCUAGAACGGUGCCAAAUUUGGGAUCGACCUUCACAGUGCGUAAUCCAGCCAGAGUACAGAACAAGACACAGAUCACCAUAAGGAAUCCCCCUCAGCAGGAAUCCACAUCAUCUCUUUCCCUGGCCACCUCUCAUCACGGAACCUCCCCUCGUCAGAGCAACAACCCCUUACUGGCGGGUAGCAGUACUCUCAGAGUCACCAAGGCUGUUCCACAACCUCAAAAGUUGCAGAGACCAGCUGUUGACUAUCCACACUUUAAUGAUGACUUAAUAAGUGUUCCUCAACCCAAUCCUCCCAAGGUACAGCGACGCAUGCCUGAAAGUGUUAUGGCACAGAAUAGAGCUUGGGCUACUGGUUUCUCAGCCAGACUUCAUACCCAUGCCCAGCCCCCAGGAACAAGACUUAUCAUUUCCAACCUACAGAUCAGUGUAACAGUGGACGAUAUCAAGGAAUUGUUUGGAGCAAUUGGUGAACUGACCAAGACGAGGAUGGUGAAACCAGGUCUAGCUGAAGUGGUCUAUGUCAGCAGGACUGAUGCCAUUCAGGCGAUAAGCACAUAUCACAACCGAGAGCUUGACGGAAAACCCAUGCUCUGCAAAUUGGACACGAGUACCGUUCCCGAAGCAUCUGGGAACAGGACUAUGCCUAAUUCACUCAGCGACAGAUUCAAGGGCAUGAGACCUGAGAACAAUCCUAAGUUACCAUUUGAAAGCAUGCCCAAAGGAACUGUACCCUCAGGCAUUGAUCCGGGAGUCGUCCAGAAAGCCCUCUUCAAGAAAGGAGCGACCCCCUCAGCACAGAAACCAGUGGUUUUCACCGUCAAAAUAUGACUUUUUACUAAUAGACCCGAGUCAACGUACAGACAUCAAGUCUGUUAUUUUCAUCUUUUUUUUCUUCUGUCUCUUUUUAGAAUUCAAAUGAAAAUACUACAAAAUGUAUUUAGAAAGGGAGAAAUGGCCUUAUGUAGACUUCAGUGUUAUAGGCUUGUCAGAGCUCAUGAAGAACAUGUGUGUAUUGAUUAGAAACACUUGGAGGCAGCCCUGACACGCUCCGGACUGGGUGAAAGCGAUUAGCGAUUAGAUAGGACAUAAUUAAUGUUUGGGAGAUGCGUUGGAAUGUACUAGUAUUGAACCGUAGAGAACCUCAAAUUCUUACACAGUUCAGUCGUAACGUUGCAUGUACAUGUAGAUAAGAUAACAAAGAAAUAUACACCAUUUCACCUCCCCCCCCUUCCCCCCCCCCCCCUCCUCUCAAAAGAAGAAGAAAAGAAAAUAUAAUUUAGCAUGUUCCUUCUAUAUCCGGAGAAAGGACAUUUACUGAAUGUAGUGUUUAAUGAUAUCAAAAUGGCACAAGGUUUUUAUUGGGGAAAGGGGGGGGGGGGGGGGGGGGUUGUCUCUUGUUAAAUUUCCCCCUAAACAUUCUCCACUAUUUUGAUUUUGAUUCAGAAAUAUUAUUUAACGGUUAACAUAUCAACCUCCUAUGGUAUAAAAAUAUAUAUAAAAACCUGUUUCAAGCCUAGUUUCAACUUGAAACACUUUGAAAUUAAGUAUUAGACAACUGAAAUGUAAUAUUUGAUCGUUCAUAAACUUUGAGGCACUGGAAGUGGUUAAUAUCCACCUUUGCUGCUAUGGUAUUGCUGACUAUUCAGAUGUGAAAUUGUAAACCACCUCACAAAACUCACACUGCAGAACACCAGUACCAGUGAAUAAAGUGAAUUAAUGAAUGCAAAAGGCAGUGUGGGGGGGGGGGGGGGUACAUAAUACAUAGCUGAGGCAGCACUAGCCACUAUCCGAGUGUUACAAAAUACAGAUAUACAGCACAUGCCACAGAAAUGCUAGACCCAUCAGAUUCAAUUUGGUUGUGGCAGUUUACUGCCUGGAUUCUGAAAUGGCUUUCUACGCUAAUUUCAAGUAACAUGUGCAUAGUUUAUAAAACUGUUUUAAUUGCACUAGAUGACGAGAUUAAUAAUAACUUCUUUUUCUUUAAAAAAAGCUUUUUUAUAUGAUUUGUUUAAAUGUAAUUGGAUGAGUACAUAAAGAAAUGUGGUAGUUAUAGGUGUACAAGGCGGGGGCUAGGGUGGCUGCAGCCCCCCUGGGGAGUUUGAAAGUUCAGAUAUUCAGACAACCACCAUCUAAUAAUCUGGUGGCAGGAUGCCCAAAUAUUUGAAUAUUCGGGCAGGUGCACAAACAUGUAAUUUUUGUAACUUUUCACAAUAUAAGAGUUUCAAAAUUUUGCUCAUGUGCGGAAAGUUUUGGAACCGAAGCGUUGAUAUUUGGGCAGAAAGCGCCAGCUCCCCUCAAGAAAAUGUGUCUGUACGCCUUUGUAGUGUAGGUUGGCAUGGGAAAGAUGGGUAAAGUCCAAAUUUAUCUGUUAAUCCAUUGUUAUUGUUGAGUGUACAUAAUGAUAUACUUCUUGGUGUUCUCCUGGAAACAACAUUUGAUGUAUCAGAAAGUCAUGGAUGUUUAUUUUUACAACAUCUUGAGCUGCUUAUAAACAGGAAAUUGGAAUUGUUAGUGGUGCCAAUGUAUAUAUACAUGUAUCUGUACAUUGUAUGUUAAAAAAUACGCCAAUCAGAACCUUGUGUAAGUUUUGUAUGAAUUAGGGGAAUAAAGGGAGAAAAUGAAGAAUCUCAUUUAGAAUUUUUUAAAUCUCAGAAGAGUUUUGUUUGUACACUAUAUCUGUAUAUUUGUGUAGAGGGUGCAUUGUUAAAAUUCCACAGAACCAAAAACAACCUCCAAGUUAUAAGCAACAACACUAUAUUAGACCUUAAAGUUGAAUGAGGUUGAAAAGGGUACUUGAUAGCGAUAUUUUAAAUUCUAUAUUCGAUGUAAACAAUAUUCGAUAUUCGAACAAACAAUUAAUGGGUUCUGAUGCUAUACUGAAUGGUUGCUGAAUGGUAUAAAAGGAAUUUCAUCGUUUUGCACCACAUGUCAACAAUCUUCUUGCAGAGGUAUAAAAGUAAAUCCAGUACAAAAAUCUUUAAAAAUUUAAGUGAUGCUCCCUAUUCUAGAUGUCGAACCUGUGAAGUAUGUACAGAUUUUGUUUUUUUAAUAAAUAUAUUGUCUCCUGGUGAAUUGGAAACAAAAUGAAA